UUCAAUAUUGCUCUCGCGCGAGUGCCGUUUUAGUGCUCGCGAAAAUAAUAUACGUCCGCGGCUGCUUGACUUGUGCUCGCGUGGAUCUCAUAUGCCCUCGCGAUUUAUGACAGAGAUUUGCCGCCAUAUAGAGGUCUUUGAGACUUUCGCAGGGCGUGUCUUCAACAGACCAGACGCCAUCAGUAUUAGGUAGUAGUAGUAGGUAUAGUAGGGAAGUAUUUGGAAACGAGAAGUUGGAUCAAUCACAUGGUUUUAUUUAUUUUACUUAUUAAUCCUACUUACGCUCGCAAAAACAAUGCCUUCGAUUCAAAGUUUAACUUUGACUUAUGACGCGCUGAAUGAGCAGGGGACGUUUUCGGAGGGUGACACUAUCUCUGGGAAAGUAACCCUGGCCUUGUUAAAGCAGGUCAAAGUAAAUAGCUUUUUUAUUAAAGCAACAGGAGAUGCAAACGUACAUUGGACGGACGGGAGCAGCGAUGACAGAAAUACAUACUCUGCUCAUAAGAGAUAUUUCAAACUAAAGCAGUUUUUAUUCCCAGAGACCUCCAAGGACACUGUACUUCCCAAAGGAAUCCAUGUCUACAAAUUCAGCUUAAACAUUCCACAAGGAAGCGUGCCUUCAUCCUUCAAUGGACCUCAUGGAAAGAUUGUCUACAAGCUGGAAGCCAAGCUGUCCAGGAGUUGGAGGAUGGACCAAUCAGUGAAACAGAACAUACUGUUUGUCUCCAGGUGUUAUCCCAACCUUCCUUCUCUGAUGUUGCCCCAAAUUGGUGCAAUAAAGAAAGAGAUGGGACUUUUCUCCAAAGGACAAGCAGACAUGGAAGUCACGAUUGACAGGAUGGCCUACGCCCCAGGUGAAACUAUCACAGUUUUGGCCAAAAUCAACAAUUCCUCGUCCAGUGAGAUGACGCCCAAAUUCCGUUUGGGCAAGAAGGUGAUCUACCGUGCUAGCGGUAGUACCAAACGCGAGGAGUGCACAUUCAUCAAAGUGGUCGAAAACCGUAUUCAAGCCCAUACAGAGCUGGAAGUCAGGUGUAGAAUGAAGAUUCCUCUCGAUCAGACAACAACUAUCCAGAAUUGUGACAUCCUCUCAGUGGAAUAUCAUUUAAAGGCGUAUCUGGACAUCAGCUUUGCCUUCGAUCCAGAGGUCCUCUUCCCAGUGGUCGUUGUUCCUUUAGGCUUUGCUCCUGUCCCUCAGCCUGGUGUGGCUGCAGGUCCUUAUCCAGCGGGGGCUGUUGGGGGCCCAAGCAACAGCGACUUCCCUUCCCCUGUAGUGUCUGGGCAUCCUUAUCCUGUCUCCCCAUCCUCAGGCAGGUCUGGAAACCCAGGAGCCCCAAUGUAUUCAGCACCACCACCACCUGUGUACCCAGGUAACCCAAUGGUGUUUCCUUGUCCACCAAGUGUUUACCCUGCUCAGCCCGCACAUGUGAGUGGGGCCUACAACAACCAAGUGCCUGAGAUACCUUUUCCGUAUGGAACUCCAUUUUCAUCUUCUGUGAUUCACCCUCUGCCAACUGCCCCAACAUUUCAAACACCCCCAGCUGCCCCAGCGAUCCCGCCAGCCCCAUCUCUCCCAGCGAUCAACCCACCCCCUUCUUUUUCACCCUUCAAUGUAUCCCCAACGGCUCCAUCGUACAACCUGAUGAACACAGACUUCCUGAGUCAAUCGGAUGAAGCUCCUCCAGCAUAUACACUCCUUUUCCCCUCCACUGCUACUGACAAAUCAGAUGCAAAAUAAUAGUAUGAUUGCUCGAUGACUGGAUUGGUUUAUUAAUCAUGAUGUAAAAAAACUAAUAGUUAAAAGUUUUAAUCAGUCAUGUCCGGUCAUGUCUUUAUUUUUGUUGUUGAUUUCUAAGCAUGAAUGUGAGAUUGAAAAGGCAUCUUAACUUUUUGCAUGUAAAAAAGUAUACCCAAAAUAUCACUUAUGCAUUGUAUGUGAUGGUUGUGUGAUGGUCAAUUCAGAAUGAUCAUUGCCAGCUGCCAACAUAAUUACUCAAACUUCAGCCUUCAGUAUUGACUGUGUAUUUCACGUGCCUUAUUUAACUCAGGUGUCUUUAACUGAUCAAUCUUUCAGUUUUAUUGUUUAUAGGCUACAUACUCUAUCUACCUCACUUAUGUUUGGAAGCUAUUUGAAGAAACUGGAUAGCUUAGAGGUAAAAUAUAGGCCUGAAUGUUCUUUGUAUUUUACAAUCUGUUCAUUUUAUACCAGAAAACAUUUAUUUCUAAUAAAUACCCAAUUCUUUGCAAACCUGAUAUCUAAUACUCUCAAACUGCCAUUUUUUCCCCUGUAGAUUUCAAUAAAGACUUUUACAUAUUCAA